GAUGUGAUGCACCUGGUCUCAUUUUACCGGAAGCAACUGCAUAAAGACGGAGACUGCAGGGACAGGGAGCACGUGUCGCGUACUGUUACUCUUUGGGGAGUCUGCAUUGUGAUCCUGUUGUUUUUUAAAUAUUCUGCUGUUGUUGUGAUGCCUCCUAAAAAGCCAGCAGCGGACUCUGCUGGUGCGCCUGUGCCAUCCCCCAGCGACUCGCCGGUGGAGGAGAAAGUCAAAGCUAAAUCAGAUGCUGCAGCGCUGCGUAAAAUUUCAACUCAUCCGUCUACAGCCAUUAUGGUGAACGAGGCGCUCAAAGAGCUGGACUCGCGCAAAGGGGUUUCCUCCCAAGCCAUACAGAACUACAUCAAACAGAAAUACCCCUCUGUGGAUUUGGUGAGGUUGAAGCACUUGGUGCGGAGAGCCCUGAAGAAGGGGAUCGAGACUGGCACGCUGGUGCGUCCUGCCAACUCCAGUAGCACCACAGGCGCGAUGGGUAAAUUCAGGCUUGCACCCAAAGUCAAGGAGCCAAAGUCAAAAACUGAGAAUACAGAUCCUAAUGUGCAGAAAGCUCCAAAACCAGCCAAAGAUGGAGCCAAGAAGAAAUCCCCAAAAGCAGGAGUCAAAAAAAAGAAAGAUGUUGACAGUGAACCCGCCAAGUCAAAGGAGGAAUCUAAACCUCCCAAAAAGUCAAAGAAAGACGAAGAGACUGCUACCACAACAAAAGCUGCUCCAGCAAAGAAGCCAAAAGCUAAAAAAGCUGCCGAGAAGGAGGAUGACAAGGGAGCUGCAGAUUCAACCAAAACAAAGGCAGCAAAGAACACCAAGGAGGCAAAGGCAUCCCAGAGCAAGGUGACUAAAACAGGGAGCGACGCCCCUGCCACCAAAGCAACUGGGAAACGAGGGAGGAAGGCUGCAGAAUAAAUGAAUAGCUCUUAACUGAUUUUAUAUUGUGUUGUCUUGAAAUAAAAUCUUAACUUCUUGA